GCCAAAUGCGUUCCAUCACGCGAGGCGCACUCGAGGUUACGCUUUCCGCACAUAGCGUAGUAACCCUGCACUCGGACACGAAUUAAUUCAGCGGAUGCGGAUCUCACAGUCAGAUGUUUCUCAUUGUCACACGACAGCUCACCGCGCUGUCAAGUUCCGUCUCAACCGGCGGUCGCGCGCGCUUUCAUUUCACCGAGGUAAUACGUCACUCGAGCGCUUAUCAGGUUUAUCUCAUUCUCACCCAGUUCGACGACUCGACGAACAGCUGAGCGUUUCUCAAGUUCUCGUGCUUAUCGCCAGAUUUGCACAUUUAUCGGCGCAACGUAACCCUAUCUCGUGCCGUCACACCGUUUGUCUCGACCACGCAAGCGAGCUCCAAAGAACAUCGCAACGGUCAAUUCCACGUGGACGUCCGCAAUGCGACUCGAGGGUCGCGCAACUUGACGCUGAGAGGACGAGGACUGGAUAGUUGGAGCAAAACUUCGACCUGUAAACAUCACGUUAAACGACCUGAGCCAUUAAGAAGGAAUCUGGUUUACGCCGAGCGGAGAAAAUAUCGUAUCUUUGACAGUGCCCGUUUGCAAGUAACACUGGGUUACAUGGUAAGGAUGAACAAAAAGACCAACAGUGCGACGGCCAGAUUGAGACAGGACUAUCUGCGUCUUAAAAGAGAUCCAGUACCGUAUGUUCUUGCGGAACCAGUGCCUUCGAACAUCUUGGAAUGGCAUUACGUGGUCAUAGGACCGGAAAAAACACCAUACGAGGGUGGAUUUUAUCAUGGAAAACUCAUAUUUCCAGGAGAGUUUCCAUUCCAACCUCCUAGCAUUUAUAUGACCACUCCAAAUGGCCGAUUUAAAAUCAAUACAAGAUUAUGUCUAUCCAUUUCCGACUUUCAUCCAGAUACAUGGAAUCCAGCAUGGAGCGUAUCUACUAUUCUUACUGGUUUACUCAGCUUUAUGAUUGAAAAGAGUCCCACGCUCGGCAGCAUUAAUACAACAGAUUAUGAAAAGAGACAGCUUGCUGCACAAAGCUUAGAAUAUAAUUUGAGGGACAAAAUGUUCUGCGAACUCUUUCCAGAAACUGUCGAGACGGUCAGAACAGAACUGGAACGUCGGAAAGAACUUGAGAAACAAGCGAGGCAUCAGUCCGCUGCGUCCGAAGUCUCUUCGUUGAUAAGAGACCAGUUCCAAAGAGAUCAAAAUCCACUGCACAGCGCACUGGCAAAUCUCGUUGUCAUCAUUGGCUUCGCGGCGUUCGCGUACACGGUGAAUUAUGUGCUGAAGAGCAUAGCCAUGGAAUAAGUCCAAAUCAGAAUUAUAUAUUUUAAGCUACACGGAACAAAGAGAGAAAGAGAGAGAGAGAGAGCUGUAACAAUCACUUAUAUACAUCCGGGAAAGAGGAGGAUUACAUGAAAGAAGAUAUAGGUUAUAUUUGCCUAUCGAUCAAUCUUUCAAAUUCGUGCAGACCGAGUUCCAUUCGGUUCCACGCGGCUUGGAACCUUCGCCAGUAAAACUGUGGAUAGUUUCAUAGAUUUUUAUAUCAAGGAUUGAUUGUAAGAUACAAGCUGUAUUAUACUUGCAAAUUUUACGCGCUCUAGCCAUUAACAGAUAAUCUCUUAAUUCGCAUAAGACACGUGCGCAAGACGGAACAUAUAAUCACAGUGGCUUCCCUGCCAUUUUUCUUAUCAGACUUGCUCUCUUCUGACUUAUAAACAUAAAUAUGGGGAACCAAGUUUCUUCUUUGCGGUGCUGACAUCCUUCCUUUUAUUGAAUUUUCUACACUUUUACGAUUGAUUGUAUUCAAAUGUAUCCAAAGAAGUGUGUGUGUGUGUGCGUGUGCGUGC